GCAGCCGUGUAAAGAAGGCGAGCGGGAGUGGGACGGAGACAAAUUGACAACAGUCCGCUCUGACGUGAAGCCUAAAGACAUUUAAAGCUUUCAAAUUCCCUUUCAGGGGCGCCGCGCAACUUUCGCACAAGUUGUGCGAACGUGUCACAAUUCGUGUGUGUGUUUUUUGGAAGGGGGCGUGGACGUCGAAGGAGCCGCAGCGUGCAGUCAGUCACUCCGGCUCGCGUGUUGCCUCUUGGCUGCAUUUCCACCGUGAGGUGAGUGACGCGCACGCCGGAGGAGCACGCGUGGACGUCGGCUGCUUUCGUUGGGAGUCGCUCGCUACAAACACCUCGUUUGUCAUCUGUUCAGGAGUGCAAAGCGCAAGGAGCUUUUUAUUUUCUUCAGCGUCACGAAAACCGGUGUUGUUGGAAAUAUCUCCCUUUUUUGUGGCAACGUUGGGCAAUGGCUGCGUUGAUUUCGAAGUGAGGAUCUACAUUGGCAGGUGUUGCGUUCACACGCACUUUGAGCCACUCGCCGUGAACGGAUUACGCCAGCUAUUCUUUCUCUGCACGGAGAUGUGUUCACUUUUAGUUUCAAUUCAGUAGAAGGCUGAGAGCUCAUGAUGCGUUCAAGACGCCGGGUGGGAAAGUGAGCGUCACUUUUUUUUAACGUACACCCCCCAGCCCCCCUCAAAAAAGACUCGACAACAUGACAAGCAACGGACCUAUCAUCGUCUACGAGUGGCUCAAGACUCUGCAGUUGGCCCAGUAUGUGCAAGCAUUCGUGGAUAAUGGCUACGACGACCUGGAGGUGUGCAAGCAGAUCGGCGACCCGGACCUGGACGCCAUCGGGGUGUACGUUGCGCACCACCGCCGCCGGAUCCACGACGCGGUGCGGCGUCUUAAGGAGGAGGCGAGAGACGCGGCGAGCGGGCUGUACUUCACUCUGGAGCCCAUGCCGCCCUCCGCGGAUGUCUACACCGGCCACAUGGUGGACCAGUACGAGUCCAAGCUGCGUGGGUCCAAGUCGUGGACAGAGCCCGCGCGCGGCGUGGGCUACGUGGGCGCACACAGGAACCUGACCCUGGGGAACUGCAGGAGGGAGCUGGUCAUCUACCCGAAGCUCAAACUCAAGAUCAUGAUCCGGGAUAAACUCAUCAGGGACGGCAUCAAUCUGGCCAGGGUGCCCUACUCCAAUAAGGACGGUUCCCUGGGCAACAUAGAUGACCUUGCUCAGGAAUACUCGGAAUACUACAACACCUGCUUCAGCGACGUCAGCGACCGUAUGGAGGAGCUUCGCAAGAGACGAGUGUCCCAAGAGCUCGACAUGGAGAAACAGGAUCCAAACAUCUCUUUGCAGCUCCGCAACGAGAUCCAGGAGUCACUGGGCUUCAGCAGUGAAGUCUCCACUCCGGAAAUGGACAGAAAGUUGUCGCUGCACAAAUCCAGCUCUGAAGAUGGAUCUGGAGGGAAAUGGGACAACAAGAAGAAGAACAAGUCGUUCUGGCAGAAUUUCCGCAAGCCUCAACACAAGGCGGUCGUGCGACAGACUUCCAAAGGUGAGGACAUUGGCUACGUGGCCAGUGAGAUCACCAUGAGCGACGAGGAGCGAAUCCAGCUGAUGAUGAUGGUGAAAGAGAAGAUGAUCACCGUGGAAGAAGCGCUGGCUCGGCUGAAGGAGUAUGAGCGCAACAGACAGUCCGGCAGUACUGACACUGCAGAGUGGACUGACGGAUCUGCAGCCGGUCCAAACCAGUCCUCAAACUGCAACCAAUCUCGCGAACAGUCCGACGACGAGCAAUCGGAGGAUUCGGUGAAGUUCAAGCGCCUCCACAAGCUGGUUAAUUCCACCCGGCGGGUCAGGAAAAAACUCAUUAAGGUGGAGGAGUGCAAGAAGCAUGGAUCGGAAGAUUUCCUCAACGUAGAGUUGACCUGUGACGACAAAGCGGCGUUGUACACGGGGGUCCUGAAAAAGCACUCGUUGCCCCAGGAGGCCUCCCUCAGCCAGGAUCAGCUCUCCGUGGACGGAGACACGGACAGCCUGACCACCUCGCCGUCCUCCAGUAGCUUGGACACCUGGUCCGGACACCGUCUGGUGAAGACCUUCAGCAAGUCUUCCAGCACACAGGGCCUCAUCCGCCCGCCCAGGAGAACCCCGGUCGGCUCGGUCCCCGGCGUCGGAGGUAGCGGCUCCUCCUUCUCGGAGCUGGAUGGCUGCGGAUUGGACGACGAAGGGAAGUUGUCGCGCUCCACCACCGACGGCGAGAUGCGGAAGGCCCUGAGCUCCAUCUCCCACGGGGUAAGUAACAACGAGGCCCUGUACGCCUUUUACGGCCUCACCAAACCCCGCCCCAAAGCCCAAUCUCGCCGCAUCAUCCCCCUGGACGAUGACCGCUCUCAAGGCAGCCCCAAAUAUCCCACUGCCAAACGGCACCACGGCAGCUGGACGCUCAGAAAGCCCGAUCCAAACUACUCGUACUCCACCAAACACCUUCUGUACCAGCGUUCGCGCAACACCAAGACCCCGGCUUCCCCCGUGUGCGUCACCCCGUCCUCCCCCACCCGCAGCGGCCACGUAGCCAAAUCAAAAGGUUUCGGCCCGGGAGGGGGCUGGGUGUUCCCCUCCCGCCGGCUGAGGGGUCGCGGCGCAGUCAGUGAGCUGAACAUCACCUACGUGGUAGAGCGGAGCCUGUACGGUCACCUCAACUGGGCCCAGCUGGUCCGCCCGGUCACCCUCAGCCGAGCUGAGCGGCGCUGUCUGUUGGAGGAGGACCGCGAGGCGGACAGGAAGUGGGCGGCCAGCGUGGACCGCUGCACCAAGCGCGUGCUCUUACGCAUCCAGCAGAAGUCUAGAACAUGCAGCUUCGGCGGCUUCGACCUGUCCAACCGAUCCCUCCAUGUGCUCAACGCAGGCUCAGAUGCUCAGAAUAAAGAGCAGGAGGCAAUCUAUAGAGAGGUGGUCAAGUCCCCCGCGACUUCCCGGAUCUCGCUGGGCAAGAAGGUGAAGUCGGUCAAGGAGACCAUGAGGAAGCGCAUGUCCAAGAAGUACAGCAGCUCGUUCUCCGAACAGUCGAGUCCGGAUGGAACACCUGGUUCGCCGCAGUCCCCUCAGCCUGACAGCGACUCUCUGGAGAAGCCCAAACUCAAGGCAGGCGGCUCAGUGGAAAGUCUCCGAAGUUCACUGAGCGGACAAAGCUCAAUGAGCGGGCAGACGGUGAGCACCACCGACUCCUCAGCCAGCAACAGAGAAAGCGUGAAAUCGGAGGAUGGCGACGACGAGGAGCCGCCUUACCGAGGACCUUUCUGCGGCCGGGCGCGAGUGCACACGGACUUCACGCCGAGCCCCUACGACUCAGACUCCCUCAAACUGAAGCGCGGCGACGUGAUUGACAUUAUCAGCAAGCCGCCCAUGGGCACCUGGAUGGGCCUGCUCAACAACAAGGUGGGCACCUUCAAGUUCAUCUACGUGGACGUUCUGUGCGAGGAAGAGGAGAAGCCCAAACGUCCACUGCGGCGGCGGCGGAAGGGCCGACCACCCAAGCCGACGUCUGUGGAGGAGCUGUUGGAACGUAUUAACCUCAAGGAGCACAUGCCCACUUUCCUGUUCAACGGCUACGAGGACUUGGACACGUUCAAGCUGCUGGAAGAGGAGGACCUGGACGAGUUGAACAUCAAAGACCCCCAACACAGAGCCGUGUUGCUCACAGCCGUGGAGCUGCUGCAGGAAUACGACAGCAGCAGCGAUCCAGAGCGCAGCGGCCUGUCGAGCUCUCAGGAGAAGUUGCUGUCUGAGGGCCUGGGCCUGAUCGGAGACUCCCCUCGGGACUCGGGUUGCUACGAGAGCAACGAGAACUUGGAGAACGGGAAGAGCAAGAAGGCUUCCUGCUCGGAGCGCUCUUCCGCCGGCCAAUCUCCGGACUAUCCGACUCUUCCUAUGACCGUCUCCAGUGAGGCUUUGCAGCAGAACGCUAAGAACCAACGCUCCAAGUUCCCCAAGAACCUGUUUGUCAAGCCCUCCCUGAAGGGCUUCAACCUGCUGGGGCGCUGCAAAGCACAUCGACGUUCCCCCAUCCCAGCCAGUCGUAGCUGCGAGGACCUGGACGAAACCUUCCAGCCCGCCGGGUCCUGGAAACGCUCCCGCUCCCUGGGAGACCUGCACUGGGAGCAGAGGGCGGACGAGAAUGAGGAGGUGAAACUAACGAAAGACGAGCCCAGGUUGGACCCGAGUAGGCCCGUUAGGGAGAGUUCCCCAGCUUGUACUGCAAGUCCACCGGUGAGUCCAAAACCAAGACUCGACAGACCACCCGUACCCUCGCAACUGCCUCUGAGGCCCCCUUGUCCCACAACCCGAGCCCCGAGUCCCCCUGAGUCCAACGCAAGCGAUGGUGCGAGGCUCACACGGACUCAUGCCAAAAAACCGCCCGUACCACCUCCCGUUCCCGCCAAGAAGUCCAGAGAAAGACUCGCGAAUGGGGUCUGCCACCCCCCACUCUCCGUGCCCUCUUCACCCUCCCCCGCCCCUUCCCCGACGCACUCGCUCACACGUUCCCACCCGAGCAGUCCCGUGACACGUUGCGCGACCGGUCCGGCCCCGCCCCUUCCCGCCAAGAUCCCCAGCACUCCUAGCAGCCCCCGCAACUCCUCUGUGGAGGACGCCGGCGCAUCGGUGGCCCCCCCGUGGCUCUCCGACCUGGGCGGCAAAGUGGCCGUGACGAGGAAGGCGUCCCAUUCCAAGAUGAGUCCUGACCUGCUCACAUUGCUGGAGCAAAGGCUGGAGGCCGAGGGCAUCGAUCUCACGGAGGAGCCGUACUCAGACAAGCACGGCCGCUGCGGCGUCCCCCGGCCUCUGAUGCAGCGCUACUCGGAAGACUUGCAGCAGCCCGUCAAAGACGUGGCCUCCACCAUGGACCAGCUUAGAGUCCGAGAGCUGCGCAAACAACACCGCAUGGCCAUCCCCUCGGGCGGCCUGACCGAGAUAUGCCGGAGACCGGCGCCGUCGGGCUCCGUCAGUACCGUCUCGGACUGGCUGGUGUCCAUCGGCCUGCCCAUGUACGCCUCCGCCCUGGCGUCGGCCGGCGUGGACUCGCUGAGCGGUGUGGCCUCGCUGACGGAGAGCGCCGCCUGGGAGGCGGGCGUGCGCAACCACGCGCACGCCCGCCGCUUGGUCGGCGAGGCCCGGAUUGCCGCCGAGCGGCGGGAUGCGUGAAUCCGCCUCGCCGCCGUCAGGUCCACUUCAAAAUAUUGACGGUCGGCACUGGAGUACUUCCUGUUUGCCAGGACGCUUUUCCAGCAAGUUUUUCUCAUGUCGCCGGGAAUUUGAAAUCAAUUUUUUUGCUGUUAGAAGGAUGCCUU